AGGGCAGCUGAGGGGAAAGGGAGGAGCGCCAAGCAGACACCAAUGUUACACAUGAGAAGUCUUAGGAGGAUUUAAACAAAGCGCAAGGAGGCAGAGAAGUGAAAGAGCAGGUGGAGUUGGUUGCCUUUCAAUCUUAGCUCACAGCUAAUUACCACUUUCUCACUGUGGUGAAAGAAGGCAAACAGAAACUAAGUGAGAAAAACAGCAAACUAAAAAGGGCAGGCAAAGGCAAGAGAAGAGAAAGCAGAAGUAAGCAAGACGGCAGCUAGAAAGUCGAGUGCAGGAGAUUAAUUGAGGAAGAGAAACAAAAACAAUAGACACAGGGCUGUGAGGAGUGAGCGAGGGAGGAAAGUAGAAAUUAAAAAGCGGCAGAUACUCAUUGACAGAGAGAGACUGGACUUAACUCAUUGGAUUACUGACAUCAGCAAAACAACGGAAGAAGAGCGUCAGAAAAGAGGUCACUGUGGUCGAGUAGCAGUGCAGCUUGCCUGAGCCUGUCUACUAUGCAACUGAGACAGCUGAAAUAGACUCGAGCAGAGACACAGUUCACACAGACAGUCCUCUCUGUAGCUGCACCAUGUUGAUGAAAGAGUACCGCAUAUGUAUGCCACUGACUGUAGAUGAGUACAGGAUUGGGCAGCUGUACAUGAUCAGUAAGCACAGCUGUGAGCAGAGUGGUGAUGGAGAAGGGGUGGAGGUGGUGAGGAACGAGGCCGAAAUGCACCCGCAGCACGGCCAGGGUCAGCUGACAGAGAAGCGGAUCUACCUAAGCAGUAAACUGCCAAGCUGGGUGAGAUCAUUUGUCCCGCGAUUCUUCUAUGUGACAGAAAAGGCCUGGAAUUUCUACCCGUACACCAUCACAGAGUACUCAGUAUCAUUCAUCCCCAAGUUCAGCAUACGCAUUGACACGAGAUUCGAGAACAACAACGGCGAUAACGUCAAUGUGUUUGGGGACAUGCCGACUCCAACAGAGAAUGUGAGUUUCCUGGAUAUCCUGAGUGACCCCAUUCCUGAAAAGCACUACAAAGAGUCAGAGGACCCGAGUCACUGGAUGUCAACGAAAACUGGCCGAGGGCCUCUGAAGCAAGGCUGGAGGGACGACCACAAGCCCAUUAUGUGCUCUUAUAAGAGGGUGCAGUGCAGCUUCGAGGUGUACGGCUUCCAGACAAAGACUGAGGAUUUCUUACACAAAGCCAUCCGGGAUAUUCUUCUGGUGGGACACAGACAAGCAGUCACAUGGAUAGACGAAUGGCACGGGCUGAGUUUGGAUGAGGUGAGAGAGUACGAGCAGACGAUGCAAGAAAAGACCAACAGCAAAGUCAAAUCCAACCUGUGCAACACAGGCCCACCGGCUGCCACUCGUCCUGCAUUCUCUCGCUCCAUCUCAGUGACAGAUGAGCGCUCACUAAAGAAGAUGGGAGUGACGACUGUGGACAUGUCCGACUCCACAUUGCCAAACGGCCACAGUCGCCUCCACUCCACCCCUGAAUGAGGCCUCUCGCACAUACUGUACAGCGCAAACACACACAAACCACUGUCAACAUUCACCAGUCAUGUGAUGUUGUCUCUCAAACACUGACACACCCACAUGCAUGGUGACACUGACAGGCUUACACUUAUUUACUCUGGGAUGAGCCAGAUAAAAAGAUCAGUAGGUCUUUCAAAUCAGCCUUUCAUAUAUAAGGCUACAGCCAGCAGCUGGUAAACUUAGCAAAGCAUAAAGACAGGACACGGAGAGAAACCAUACAGUAUAUUAGCAGGUUAAAUCUUGUUUGUUUAAUGAAAAAUAAUUAAUACUUCUUUAGGUGUGAGUCUACUGUACAGAUUUUUGAUUAAAGUAAUUGCUGUUUUCACAAUUUAUAUUUUUAUGCAGAUUAACAAGUGAGAUAUAAAUGAUGUUUAUAUGAACAAGAUGGAUUUUGGUGUAAGUCUACUGUAGCUGUUUCCUCUGUUUUCAGUCUGGCUUCAUACUUACUCAUUAUCCAAUUCUUGCACAGAGAGCCAACAAGUACUUUUCCUAAAUAUCCUUGCAGACUAGUGUUGUCACGAUACCAACAUUUUUGUUUCGAUACCGAUACCAAGUCAAGAAUUGUGAUUUCGAUACUUUUUCAAUACUUUUCUUAAAAAAGGGGAAACCAUCUGAAAUGUCAUUAUUGUGCUUUAUUUUAAACACAUUAUAGAAUACAUUAUUCAAAAGUGUACAUUCACUUUGGAUAAUAACACGAGAGUUUUUAUUCUUUCCCCUCUCCCUCUCUCCCUCCUGACAGCCAGUCAUAUCCGUCUCAUGCAGCUCAAUGAUCCAGUAAUGAGUGACCCGACAGUGAAGAAUAAACAUAUUUAUAACUAUUUUAUCAAGUUCCAGAUGUAGAUAAGAUAGUUAAGUGGGUUAGGUCUUAAAAUUGAAUUACGUGUUUUGCUCCGUGCACCGGUCCCGUCACAACAGGCGGAGCUGCGGCGGUGAUCAUGUAGAGCUGCGUGUUCUCCGUCAGCAGAGAUGUAACCAAAAUACUUUCAAAUUUCGUUUCUUGCGCCAUUUUUGUCAACAAGCCGAGGCACAUCGGCAAUAGCACUCGCACUUGCAGCCAUGGUCUCGUUUUGCCACAUGAUAUGACAGCUAGAGCCUGCAUGAGAGAGGGGAGGCACUGCAGACACGGCUGGAGGGAGUGGAAGCAGAGCGCUUAACAAUGCAAUUCAUAAAGUACCGAUACUAAUGAAAUGGGGGAAUCGCUGCGUUUUUAACGGCAGUGUAUCGCGAUACCUUUGUAGUAUCGAUGCACCGUGAAACACUAUUCCAGUCCACCGUGUAGUUGUUCUCUUUACUGCCUGUUAAAAACACACAACUGCCACACAAGAACACAAACUCUUAAUGCCUAACAACAAUUUAUACUGUUGCAAUCAAAAAUCCGUCCAGGGUUAUCUACCUGGAAACGUGGUGCUCUUUUUUGUCGGUUCCUCAGCCAUAACUGAACUCAGAGACCACCAGCGGGGCUCUCCAAUAGCUUCCCAGCCCCGGCCCGGCAGCCUACAGACAGAUGCAUAAGGAGUUUAAUAGAGUGGAUUUAAUGAGAGAGAAGAGGAGGAUGGGGGGGCUGUCAGUGCUAUAGAUCUGCUCCCCUCUCCACAUCAGCCAAUAGGUCAGACCAGGGUAUUGACCGAGGGAAGUGAGGCGUUGUAUUGGUUCCUUGAUCACUUAGCUGAGCGCAGCAAAUGGGUCAAGCCAGGGCUAAACUAUGAGCCAAUGAUAUCACCAUUGAUAAGAUUAUUAGCUUAAUUUUGUAAUGUAGAUUUAAAAGAGAAUGGGUUCUCAUCAUCAGGGAUCAACAAUGAAAUACCAGUUUGCUGUCCUUUUUUUGUAAAAACAUUUAGUUUGAAUAAAGUGUAAAAAUGAAUCAAGUGAAAGAUGUUUGUGGAAAUUAAUCUUUUGGAUUUUUAUCAAUAAAUACAAUUUCCAAUGAGAA